UACACAAAAUAAAUUCAUGUUCGAUAUAUGUGUCACAUAAAAUAAAAAAAAAAAAAUAAAAAAAAAAUAAAAAAAAAUAAAAAAAAAAAUAAAAAUGUUUGGCACAUCGAGAGAAAUUAUUAAAAGUUUAAUCGUGAAAUUUGGUGAGAAGUAAUAUCCAAUAUUAUUAAAAGAAAAAGAUGGCUGUCAAAACAAUAUUUUAAACGUAUCUAGGAAAAGAUUUCAAAGUAAUUUACCACGUCAAGAAAGUGUUAAAAAAGUUUUAUGUCAAAGAUAUGGACAACCAACGUUUAUGUCUCAUCCUCAUUUAUUGAAAGAUGGAGAGGUUAUGCCUGGUAUACAUCGUAAUGAAUUCGAACAAAGGAGAUUAAAAUUAAUAGAGAAUAUUAAAUUUAAUUCUGAUAAGAUAGAACAAUCUAAAUCACAGUUUGUAAUUAUACCAUCAUCUUCUAAAGUAUAUAUGUCAGAAAAAAUCCCAUAUGUAUUCCGUCAGAACACAGAUUUUUUAUAUUUCUGUGGUUGCCAAGAACCUAAUACAAUAUUAGUAAUUACAUCUGUAGGAGAUACUGUUACAUCUAUUUUAUUUAUGAAUCAAAAAGAUCAACAUUCGGAAUUAUGGGAAGGACCAAGAACUGGAGUAGAGGCUGCACCCAAUUUAUUUGGAGUUAAUAAAGCUCUUCCUGUGACAGAAUUUGAAAGAUUUUUCUUUUCCUUUAUUAACGAACAUAAAAAUAAUAUAAUUUGGUACGAUGAUAGCAAUGUCCUACAGAGUCAGCUACAUACAAAGUUAAAUGAAUUGAUAAAAGUAAAUAAUCAAAAGUUUACUUCUCCAAGAAGUCUAUUUCAUAAAAUACGUUCAAUUAAAUCACAAAGUGAAAUUAAUUUGAUGCAAAAGAGUUGUGAUAUCGCUUCCAUGGCAAUAAAAAGAACUAUACAAGCUUCUAAACCAAAAAUGAAUGAACAUCAACUAUUUGCAAUAGUUGAUUAUGAAUGUCGUAUAAAUGGUGCAGAAUUUUUAGCUUAUCCACCCGUUGUAGCUGCAGGAAACAAUGCAAAUAUUAUUCAUUAUAUUUCUAAUAAUCAAAUUAUCCAGAAUGAAGAUAUGGUGUUAAUGGAUGCAGGUUGUCAAUAUCAUGGUUAUACAUCUGAUAUUACAAGAACAUGGCCUAUUAAUGGUAAAUUCUUGCCAGAACAAAGGAUUCUAUAUGAAAUAGUAUUAGAUGUACAAAAGGAGUUAUUGCAAAGGUUGAAAGAAAUGCCAACAUUAGAUCAAUUAUUUCACUGCAUGUGUUCACUUUUGGGAAAAAGAUUACAAGAAAUAGGAUUAAUACCAAAAAGUUUAUCCGGAGAUAAAUUAAUAUCAGCUGCGUUUAGUUAUUGUCCGCAUCAUGUAAGCCAUUAUUUAGGAAUGGAUGUACACGAUACUGCCAAAAUUUCUAACAGUGUACCAUUACAAUCUGGAAUGAUUAUAACUAUUGAACCAGGUAUAUAUAUUAAUCAUAAAAAUCCCUUGGCACCAUCAAAUUUCCAUGGCUUAGGAAUAAGAAUUGAAGAUGACGUUUUAAUAAAAGAAAGUGGUCCUUUAGUAUUAUCAAAAAAUUGUCCAAAAGAAAUUACUGAAAUAGAAGCUAUUGCAAGUGAGAAUCAGUCUUAAUUAAAAUCGACUUUAUAAUAAAAUCUGUUAAAAUUUCUUAGUAUAUAAACAAAUUUAUGAAAAGAA